GUCAGGGCCGAGCCUAGCCGUCUGACAUCUGACACGAAGUCAGGUCGAAAGUCGAAAUCUCGUAUCUGAUUACUGCAGCAUUGUCCACAUCGUCAACCAGCCCUUCUGCCUCGCCACCAUGCCCACACCGGACUGGAAGGCGUCCCGGCCUGGCAUCGCGUCCGGCGAGAUCGAGUGGAUCGGCUUGGCUAACCCCAUACCGAUCCAUCUCCGCAUCUACGGUCUCUUCUGGCUUUCUCUGUACCCGCUUCUUUGGUAUGCGUACCACUUCCGUUACGAGGACUGGAUCAAGUCCGAGGAGUGGACAUUCAUCUACUGCGUCCUUGUCUUCGGUGGCCAUGCCUUGAGUUUCCUCUCGACACGGUGGAGCAAUGCCAUCCGCGCAAAGCUCUGCUACACUACGGCGUUCUCCCUCGAGGAGGCGUCGACCGUUCGUGUUGUGCCCAAGAAGGGGCGCGGCCACGGCGAGUUCGUCCCCCUUGACUCCAAGGUCGCCCCCGGCGCCGCCAAGCCCACCUACUCGUUCAUCUACCAGCGCGACACGUACGUCUACCAGGACGACGAGGAGCGCUUCACCCUCAUUCCCUACCCAUGCGACGAGAUGCCGCCCCUCGGUGACUUCCAGCAGUCGCGCGGCAUCGUUAGCCACGGCCUGGCGACGAAGACCGGAAAGGGUGCCGCCGCGCCCCAAUCGCUCCCUUCGCUCGACGUCCUCAAGGCCAUGUACGGCCCGAACGAGUGCCACAUCCCAAUUCCCAAGUUCAUGGAGCUCUUCGCUGAGCACGCCGUCGCGCCGUUCUUCGUCUUCCAGAUGUUCUGCGUCGCGCUCUGGAUGCUCGACGAGUACUGGUACUACUCGCUCUUCACGGCGUUCAUGCUCAUCGUGUUUGAGUGCACCGUUGUGUUCCAACGCGUCCGCACCCUCACCGAGUUCCGCACCAUGUCCAUCACUCCUUACCCCGUCCAAGCAUUCCGCGACGGCAAGUGGGUCGAGGUUGUGAGCAACGAGCUGGUUCCCGAUGACCUCGUCUCCAUCCUUAGAACCAAGCCCGACUCUGGGAUCCCCUGUGACCUCCUCCUUCUCCGCGGGACCUGCAUCGUCAACGAGGCCAUGCUCUCGGGCGAGUCUACUCCGCUCCUUAAAGAGGCGAUUGACCUCCGCGACCCCACCGACCGCCUUGACAUCAACGGCGCCGACCGCAACUCAGUACUCUUCUCCGGCACCAAGGCCUUGCAGGUUUCGCCGGGCGAGGACAUUACUGGCUCGGGCAUCAAGACGCCUGACGGCGGUUGCCUUGCGGUCGUCCUCCGCACAGGUUUCGGCACAACUCAAGGUCAGCUCGUACGCACAAUGAUCUUCUCGACAGAGCGUGUGUCUGCCAACAACUUUGAGUCGUUCCUCUUCAUUCUUUUCCUUCUGAUCUUCGCCAUCGCCGCGUCGGCGUACGUUUGGAUCAAGGGCCUCGAGCGCGGCCUUGCCAAGGGCAAGCUCCUCCUCGACUGCAUUCUCAUCAUCACUUCGGUGGUCCCGCCUGAGCUUCCGAUGGAGCUCUCGCUCGCUGUCAACGCCUCCCUCAUCGCUCUUCAAAAGUACGCCAUCUUCUGCACCGAACCGUUCCGCAUCCCCUUCGCGGGCCGCGUCGACGUGUGCUGCUUUGACAAGACUGGCACUAUCACCGGCGAGGACCUUGUUGUCGAGGGAGUAUGUGGCGUUGACACUGCGGACCCUAAGCGCCUAGUUCCCGUUACCGAGACCAGCAAGGAGACGACGCUGUCGCUCGCUGCUGCCCACGCGUUGGUCCUCCUGGACGACGGCACGAUUGUCGGUGACCCGAUGGAGAAGACUACCCUGCAGGCUCUCGACUGGAAGGUCUCCAAGGGUGACAACGUCUCCCCCAACUCCAAGGAGGCUCCCCACCGCCACGCCAUUAACAUUCGCCGCCGCUUCCAGUUCUCGUCUGCCCUUAAGCGCAUGUCCACCAUCUCGGCCGUCACCGACGCUUCGGGCCGCAAGUGGAUCGCUGCAGUCAAGGGCGCGCCCGAGACUCUUAAGACCAUGUACACCAAGGUCCCGGCGUUCUACGAGGAGACCUACCGCUACUACACUCGUCGGGGCUCGCGCGUUCUCGCUCUCGGCUACAAGGAGAUGAAGAUUUCUCCGGACCAGAUCAACCAUAUCGCCCGCGACACUGUCGAGCGCGACCUCGAGUUUGCCGGCUUCCUCGUCUUCCACUGCCCGCUCAAGCCCGACGCCGUCGAGACGCUCAAGAUGCUCGCCGACUCGUCGCACCGUUGCAUCAUGAUCACCGGUGACAACCCGCUUACGGCUGCCCACGUUGCGCGCGAUGUCGAGAUUGUCGACCGCGACGUAAUGAUUCUGGACCUAAAGGAGGGUUCGUCGGACGAGAUUGUUUGGCGUAACGUCGACGAGACCAAGAUUGUACCUGUCGACCCCUCGCAGCCGCUCGACCAGGAGAUCCUCCGCGACUACGACAUCUGCGUGACUGGCGCCGCCGUCAAGGAGUUUGAGCACCGCCCGUCGUGGAAGGACCUUGUGUCGCACACGUGGGUGUAUGCGCGUGUUUCGCCGUCGCAGAAGGAGUACAUUGUCUCGACCCUCCGUGACCUCGGCUACACGACCCUCAUGGCUGGUGACGGCACCAACGAUGUCGGCGCGCUUAAGCAGGCCCACAUUGGCGUUGCCCUUCUUGACGGCACCGAGGACGACCUGAAGAAGAUCAGCGAGCACCAGCGUAACGAGCGCCUGAAGAAGGUGUACGAGCAGCAGUGCAAGAUCUCGGCACGCUUCAACCAGCCCCCGCCUCCAGUCCCUCCUGCCCUUCGCGAGGCGUACCCCGAGCUCGUUGCCACGCAGGAGCAGGUUGCCGCCGAUCACAGCGCAGCCAAGCGCCAGAACCCUAUGGAGAAGUUUGACCUCGCGACCAUAACUUCCAAGCUCGCCGACAUGGACGACGGGCAGGAGGUACCGCAGAUCAAGCUCGGUGACGCAUCCUGCGCUGCGCCCUUCACCUCCAAGCUGUCCAAUGUCGCCGCCAUCUCCAACAUCAUUCGCCAGGGUCGCUGCACCCUCGUCGCGACCAUUCAGAUGUACAAGAUUCUGGCGCUUAACUGCCUCAUCACUGCUUACUCGCUCUCGGUGCAGUACCUCGACGGUAUCAAGUUUGGCGACUACCAGGUGACGAUUACGGGCAUGCUCAUGAGUGUGUGCUUCCUGUGCAUCUCGCGCGCGAAGCCUGUCGACAAGCUGUCCCGCGAGCGUCCUCUCGGUAACAUCUUCAACUUUUACGUUCUCCUCUCCGUCCUCCUGCAGUUUGCGGUGCACUGCGCGGCGCUGCUGUACAUCACGGCGCUCUCGCGCUCGCUCGAGGACCUGGGCGAGAUUGACCUGGACAAGAAGUUUGAGCCCUCGCUCCUCAACACUGCCAUCUACCUGCUCGGCCUGUCCCAGCAGGUCUCAACGUUCGUCCUCAACUUCCAGGGCCGGCCCUUCCGCGAGGGCAUCAAAGAGAACCGCCCGCUGUACCUCGGACUUCUCGGCGCGUCCUGCGUCGCCUACUCUGGCGCGCUCGACAUUCUCCCCGAGUUCAACAGCUGGCUGCAGCUGGUGGACAUGAAGUGGAGCUUCCGCCUCGUGCUGACGGCCGUCAUGGUCGGCGACUUUGCGGGGUGCGCAAUCAUCGAGACGGUGUGCAAGGCGCUUUUCGCGGACCUCGAGCCGGCUGAGAUGGUGACGCGCGGCCGCGAGCGCCGUGAAGCCCGGCGCGCGCUCGAGGAGAAGCAGAAGCAGGACACACUGCCGGAUCUCAAGCAGGUCGUAGGCGAGAAGAAGACGCAGUAGAGUAGGCAUUUUUUAAUGCACCGCGAUAGAGCGGAUCAUAGACAUAUGCAUCGCUUGCAUUGACAGUG